GCGAGGAGAGAGAAGUCCGCGCGGUUUUCUAUGUUUCGGUUGGAGAGGUAUAGAGGAGGAAGAAGGUGGGCUGGGGAGAUGGAAUGCGUUUGCUGGAAGAGGAGGAGUGUAUGACUGUAAUUAAAUGAAAGAAAAAAAAAAUCGGGAGACUGAUUUGUCAGUAUCGAAGCGACCGGAGGGUGUUGCUGGUAUUUGAUAUUAUAUCAAGUUUGAAAAGCAAACACCGCGGGAUCAUAAAAUUGGCGUCUGCAAGCGAUCAUAUUGCACUUGUGAACGAGUUUUAUUUUUUUAUUCGCUCUCUAAAACUUUGGGGGUAUUCCUCGAUUGUAGUGGCGGUAUUUUCUGUUAUUCAUUUCCCGAGAUUAACCGAAUCCUAACUGAUGCAUCCGGCUCGUGUGAAGUUCAUCUGGUUGGAUCCUCCAUUCGCCUGAGACGCAUAGCGAGCAGGACGUAUACGCGUACAGCCUUUGGAUUUGCAAAGCUGCUUGGUGUUCCUGGAUAAGACGCUUCGCUUGGUUUCUAUUAAAGAGAACUUCACAGAAGUUGCAGCUCACUAGCAAAGAAUGAACCGAUAAGAUCCAUUUACCUGUUCUUCCGGGGGACUUUUUGGAGCGAUCGAAGUAUCUUUUUUGGUCGAACAAGGUCAUGAUGUAUUCUCCGAUUUGUCUGACUCAGGAUGAGUUCCAUCCCUUCAUCGAGGCGCUUCUCCCUCACGUGCGUGCGAUCGCCUACACCUGGUUCAACCUGCAGGCCCGCAAGCGCAAGUACUUCAAGAAGCACGAGAAGCGCAUGUCCAAGGACGAGGAGCGCGCCGUCAAGGACGAGCUGCUGGGCGAGAAGCCGGAGAUCAAGCAGAAGUGGGCCUCGCGCCUCCUCGCCAAGCUCCGCAAGGACAUCCGCCAGGAGUACCGCGAGGACUUUGUGCUCAGCGUCACCGGCAAGAAGCACCCGUGCUGCGUGAUCUCCAACCCCGACCAGAAGGGCAAGAUCCGCCGCAUCGACUGCCUGCGCCAGGCCGACAAGGUGUGGAGGCUGGACCUGGUCAUGGUCAUCCUCUUCAAGGGCAUCCCUUUGGAAAGUACGGACGGCGAGCGCCUCGUCAAGUCCCCGCACUGCACCAACCCGGCACUUUGCGUCCAGCCCCACCACAUCACCGUGUCGGUCAAGGAGCUGGACUUGUUCCUCGCCUACUAUGUCCAGGACCAAGACUCACAGCAGUCAGGAAGUCCCAGUAACAAUGAGCCAGGCAAGACUCCAGCGUAUCUGGAGGACAGCUUCAUCAAGUCGGGCGUCUUCAGUGUGACUGAGCUGAUCCGUGUCUCAAGGACUCCCAUCACACAGGGUGCUAGUGUGAACUUCUCGAUGGCCGAUAUGCCGCUUCACCGUUCCCUAUCCUCGCCACCCGGCAGUAAGCGGCCGAAGACGAUCCCGAUCGAGGACAGCAUGGAGACUAGUCCCACUGGACCAGAUUUCUACUCGUCCCCCAGCUCACCAGCCAGCGGCAGCAGAGCAUGGCAUGAGAGAGACCAAGACAUGUCCUCCCCCACCAUGAAGAAGCCGGAGAAGCUGUUUAGCCCCACCUCCCCACAAGACUCCUCCCCCCGCCUCACGAGCUUCCCCCAGCACCACCACCCCGGCCUGGGGCACAGCGUGAUCUCGGCGAGGAGUCCGCCCCCCCACUCCCCCCUGCAGUUCUCAGCGUCGGCCAUCUUGCCCCCGGCCCCGUCGCCCUACUUCUCCCACCCCACCAUCCGCUACCCCCCCCACCUCAACCCCCCCGACGCACUCAAGAACUUCGUACCGCCUUACGACCCGUCCAGCCCUCAGAGCAGCCAGCCUAACAGCAGUGGUCAGGUGGUAGGGAAAGUGCCGGGCCAUUUCCCAGUGCUAGCCCCCUCCCCACACCACGGUGCUGUGAGACCAGUCACCCUCUCCAUGCCCGACACCAAGCCCAUCACCACCUCCACCGAAGCCUUCUCGGCACCAGGCACCCCGACAUCGAACCGCUUUGUUGGCCUCAGCCCCAGAGACCCGGCCUUUCUGCACCAGCAACAGCUGAGGAUAUGUGACUGGACCAUGAAUCAAAACAGCAGGCCUUAUGGCCCCAGUGCCUCUGAGGAGUCUUUGGGGAUUGCUUGGCAAAGCAGUCCUGGUACCUGGGCGAGCUUGGUUCCAUUCCAAGUGUCGAACGGGACUCCGAUUCUGCCAACAAAUGUCCAGAACUACAGCAUAAACCUCACUGGUGAGGCCCUCCUCCAGGCUGAGACGGGCAAUUGAGAGGGCCGGUCAGAGCCCAGAGCCGAGAUGAUUGACAGGUCCGUGGACAAACCAGCAAGCAGCACUUAUACAAUCUCCACUGGCCCUUGGCCCCGCCUUCCCCAGGGGCCAUUGGCCAAGAACAGAUGAGUGGGGCGGGACUGAGCCUUCUCUGUGUGGUCCCAUUGGCCAGCCAGUCUUUGUGUGAGGACGUUCCCCGGAUGUGUUUUGAGAAUACUGUGAUGUUUCCCCUCAUCCCCUUACAAAACUUUAGAUGCCUUAAUGUUUGCAUGACACGCUAGUCUCUGUCUCUCUCUCUGUCUCUCUCUCUCUCUCUCUCUCAGUCUCUCGCUCCUUUCUCUCUAUCUCUCUCUCUUAGUAUCUCUCAAUCUGUCCACCAGUCUCUAUCUCUGUCUUUAUUUUUUUGACCGUGAUAGUGUCUAGUGUUGGUUUACGGGGCAGGUGUCGGGGCUGGCUCUCACAUGG